AUGGUUAAACGCUGUGCUUGGGGCACUUGCAAUAGCGAUACACGUUACCCUGAAAGAUUAUUCAAUAAAGAGGGCAAGAGCAUACAAUUUUACAGUUUUCCGUCGCUAAAAAAGGAAGAAGAACGAAGAAAGCGUUGGAUAAAUGCAUGCUGUCGUGGCGACCAUUUCGUUUGUAAGAAAGACAGUUAUAUUUGUGGAAUUCACUUUGUUGGAAGUAACGGACCAACUCAAGACAAUCCCGAUCCAAUACCGGCAACCGCAAACCGAGAAAAGAUAAAGCGGUUAAACAACAAGAGAAAGCCACCAUCUCAAAGGACGAAUAAAUGUAAUAAAAUAAGUAAGAGAGAUGAAAAAUCAGCUGCAAAAGCCAUGAUUAACCUGUCUUCAUCUAAUUCAUCUUUGGGAAAGACGAACGAGGAACUUCAAGUCGCCGAAGCCCUUACACUAUUAUCAGAGUCAAUGGAAAUGGAAUCGGGCAUUGAACCUUCUGAAAUUCCGUCUUACAAAGAUGAUUCAACAGAAAUUAUCAUGACAGAAAGUGGUAGUCAGACGAAUAUUGAAAUGAACAGCAUUCCAUACACAGAACAGAUGUUAAAGAACAAAGAUAUAAUGAGAAGGGGACUUGAUGUUAAAGUUUUGAUUGCCCUUUAUGACCUACUUAAGGAGAAAGCAGCAGGUAUCAGUACAUGGAAAGGCUCAAGAACAACCAACAAAGAUGGCUUAACAGCAAAGUAUAUGAAGGUGAAGAUGGCACUUAGUAAGGUGCCUAUCCAGGAUCAGCUAAUUUUGACCCUUGUUAGACUAAGACGAAAACCAAGCAUAAUAAUGCUUGCCAACUUGUAUGGUAUCUCUCCAGCAACUGUGACAAAAAUAUUUAUUUCGUGGAUAUUGUUUCUGAAAGAUGAGCUGAAAUUUCUUCUACCGUUUUCCACAUUGGAAGAAAUGAAAGAUAUAAAGAUGCCAAAAGCCUUCAGAGCAUUUCCAGGUCUUAGAUGUAUUAUUGACUGCACUGAGAUCUAUAUUGAAAAGCCUUUCAAAAUUGCAGCACAAAGAUCUACCUACAGUAAUUACAAAGCGAGGAACACUUUUAAAGUUCUUGUUGGAAUAUCUCCCAUCCCACAUUUCAACUUUGUGUCCAACCUCUUUACUGGCAGCAUAAGUGAUAAGGAAAUAGUGAAAAAGUCUGGAUUUUUGGAAUAUUUGAACCCUGGUGAUGUUGUAAUGGCUGACAAAGGCUUUAACAUCCAAGAUUUGUUGGCUAUCCAUCAGACACGACUUAUUGCACCACCUUUGAUGAAAAAAGGAAAUAUAUCUGCCAAGUCAUCUACAGUCACCAGGAGGAUAGCAAAGCCACGUGUUCAUGUGGAAAGGUUAAUACGAAAGCUUAAAUGCUUUUGCAUUUUACGAGGAGUGAUUUCUCUAUCGCUUAAACCAUAUAUAAACUCUAUUAUCAAAGUUUGUACUGCAUUGGUUAAUUUGGAACCAAGUGCUAUUGCUACAAAUGAUGACAAUUAA